GUGGUGCUGCCACAGGCAAACUCUGCUCGCAGCCCCCACGUCUGUGCGCGUGUUCGAAACCAAGAGCAACGUUGAACAGGGAGUGGAAAUUGGAGCACGAUGUUCAGUGGAUUCGACAACCUCGCGGAAGGUUUCAAACGGUUCAGCUUAGAUGCACUGCAGGACCAGGAUGACGAAAAUACCUCGAAAGACGAUCAACAGCGUCUUCCUGUACUACCGGAACAGCAGCAUCCUACGGAGCACACGGAGUCUCCUACCAAAGAGCCACCACCGCAACCGGCGGAGGUAGAGGAUAACGAAUGGAAUUGGGAUCAGGAUAACGCGGGGGCUACUGAUGCGCUGAGGGAAGGAGUGGGUGGUUUACAGCAAAAGCAUGUGGCUCAUCUCGGAAAUUCUCCACAGGCGACGAGCGCCGCACCCGCAGGCAUAUCGCCGGCGGCUGUGGCCUCACCCUCAGAAUUAGACCAGAGCACUUUUGACGGACAAGCUGGUGGAGUCGUGGUCGAAGCGGAAGAACCUCUACGGGAGAAUGCAGGCACGCAGGCCGCUGAGGAGGGCAUGGAAGAGCGAAGAGAAGGGCAAAUGUUUGGCGGAGAGAAGAACAGCGGCCCUUCAACAUUCGCCAGGGAUAGCAGUGCUUCAUCGAGCCCCGUUGAGAAAGGGUUUUCUGACAAUACGGAUACUCCUGCGGCACUUGGACGCUCCGAACCUUGCAGUAGAACAAUCGAGGACGGUACCGAAGACGUCCACUUAGGGAACGCGCCGACACCCGAUCCUUCUUCGUCCGGGAAACUCCAGAAUUGCCUUGAAGGUAGCAAGCCUGCUGCGGCGAAGGCCGUUGGCUUGGCGACAGAUGAAGGGGUAGCGACGAACACGACCAAUGACAGUAGUGCUGCAGGUCCCACCGGCACCAACGGGGGUGGUGAGCGUCGCGUUGACCACCAAGAAAACGGCGAAAGUAUAGAAGACGGUUCAUCGCCCCAGAACUCGCCCGAGGCCGCGACGGCGGGAGUGGCGGGUACUACAGUGGUUGAUCCAGCCGAAGACACUACUACCGCAGGCCCUCUGACAGUGGUGGCGAUGCGACAAGAGUUGAGUCUCGUCAAGAAUGCAGCAUCCGGGCUAGAGGGCGCUCUGCGGGAGAGUCGGUCUGAGGUACAGCUGCUGCGGGAACUGCUCGCGACAGAACAGGAUACGACCCGGAAACUCAGUGACGAAGUGAACGCAACCAGGAUGGGAUUCCAAGAGUCCAACGCAGCGCACCAGAGGACCGCAGAGCAGAGCCAUGCACUCGAGGAAGAACUUUACAACACUCGCACGGUGGUGGAGUCCUUGAGAGCGGAAUCGGCUGCGCUCAAAGCAAAGGUUGACGAAGGCGUAGAGGACAGACACGCGUUGGAAGGUAAGUUGCGGCAUUUGCAAGCUGGCCUAACAGAAGGACAAGAGGCAGCGCGGCAGGAAGGGAGGCAAGAAGUGGAAAGGCUUGAGGCCAGGAUUCGGGAUUUAUUAAAGGACAGGGACCGGAAACAAGCGGAGCUGGACUUGCAGAAUGCACGGCGAAAGGAAACGAGGGAGAUGGCACGGGACCUGGAGAGUCAACUGGCGGCAGUUGAACGCAUCGCUCAGGAGCGUGAGGUGGAGCUGAGCAAGCAGCGAGACGACAUGGUAGCCUUGAAGAAGAACACAGGCGAGGCAACUGACCAGAAAAAAACGUGGGCUACCAAAUACGAGGCUCUCGAGCGCAAUUUUAAGCAGGUGCGCGCGCAAAGCAAAAGGAUAGAGUCUGAGCUGGAUGAGGCUCGCGAGAACGUCACUCGCAUCGAGGCCGAGAAGGCGGUCCUUGAGGAACGGGUUGACGUGGAGGGAGCGGAGCGUGUGACAGUGGUGACAUCGGUUUCCCAAGAGCGAGAUUUUCUCUUGAGGCAGGUUGAUCGCUUGGAGCAAGAGGUCGUAGAACUUCGACGUUCACAAGAAGCACAGGCUACUGCUGCAGCAGCGCGCGCGCAAACGACAGGAGUGUUGGAGGAGUACCGAACGCGAGCCCAGCAAGCGCUGAAGCGUGCAAACGAGAUAACGAGCCAAACGGCAUCUGAAAACAAACGUCUCGAGGCGGAGAUGAGCAAGCUUUCUGAUGAAGUGGCUCAGCAGCGCCCUUUGUGGGAACAAUCGAAGCAGCUGGAGGAGGUUCAUCGCGCAGAGGUUGCUGAGCUCAAGGAGAAACUAGCAAAUCAGGCGACCGAGCUGGGCAACAUGGCGACGGCAGCAGCUGCCUUGGAAGCACAAGUGUCAGAGAAAGAAGAGGAGAGAAGGGAUGCGCACACCUCGGUCAUGCGGCUGGAAGCUCAGGGUAAAAGCCUCAAACAGGAGCUGCAGCGACAGCAAAAGGCACUCGCUGCGGCCCAAGAGACCGAAUCCACCCUGCAAACCCGGUUGGCAGACCAGGAGGCCGCGCUUCAAGACGCCGAAAACCGCCAGCGUCGAAAACAUUCACCCGAAAAGGUUGACGUGAACGCUGACAUGGGCAAGAACCUGUCUAGCCCGACGCCUGCAGUUUCGUCACUUUCGAUGGGCUGGGACGAGGAAAAGCACGGUUCUCGGAAUGGCACCCCGCGGAGAGGAAUGGGCACCGGGGCGACUGGAGCGGCAUGGCCUGAAAGGCGUAGUCUGGGGGAGAGUGUCAGCAGCAUGCCGAGCGAAGCAGACUCAGCAGAUGUAGCACAAGGAAGCGUGGGGGAGCAACUCUUCUAUGUUCAUCAGCUCAGGGAGCGCAUGUCCAAAGAACAGAUUGAGAUGCGAUCUCUCAUCAGCGAGCUGGAGGCCUCUCGAGCUGCUGCGGACGCACAGGCUGCCAAGCAGGCUCAGCUGGAGAAACAGCUGGACGCAGCCUUGCUGGACAAGAAGCGCCUUCAGGAUCUAGACUCUGGUCGAAAUGCUGCCAUCAACCUGGAAUAUCUCAAGAACUGUGUUGUAGGCGCACUCCGUACCUCGGAGCCGUCAGAGCACGCAAGACUACUGCCUGUGAUCACGACGAUCCUCAAGUUGUCAGAGGACGAGGCUGCAGUGAUUGCCAAGAACAUCAGCACGCGAGCACAGCACCAGGGAAGCUUCGGGGGUUCGUUGCCACCUGGUGGCGACGCUAGGGCCUCUUCUUCUAGUAGUAGUUCGCGGAGUUGGUGGAGUUCCAACCCCCAUCAGAAGUAAAUCCGUUUGUAAUAGUUUGGUUACCUGCUGUAUCUCGUGUUAUGGUAUCAGACGUUUGUUCGGUUGGGCGCUUGGGCCAACGGAUGUCUGCCAUCCGGCAGAGGCCAAGAUUGACUGGACCUCCUCGAAUUAUUUGUGUACAGUCAGCGAAA